GACUUAUCGUAUUCUCAUGCCUCUUCCUCCUAAACAAAGAGCCCUAAAUUUUUCUUCCUUCAGAACCGAUGAACGAGAAUCAUCAUCAGCGCUUAGGACCAGUACCAUGGACGAGGACAGUAUGGGCGGAGAACGUCGAUGAAGAGCUGGCUUGUUUGAAGGAAUGUCUUAAGCUAUAUCCAAAGAUAGCUUUUGAUACAGAGUACCCUGGGAUCAUGCACCGGACAUACCUACACUCAUCGGACGAUGAUUGCUACAAAACCAUGAAAGUUAACGUGGAAUCGUCGAAGCUGAUCCAGUGCGGCUUCACUUUGUUCAACGCCAAGGGAGAGAUCGGCGGUGUGUGGGAGAUUAAUUUUUCAAACUUUGGCGACCCCUCGGACAGGCGCAACGAGAACUCGAUCGAUUUUCUUAAGAAACACGGCGUGGACCUGAACAAGAUUAGGAACGAAGGAGUGGAUAUGUUUAAAUACAACUUUUUCCCGAAGCUUUUGAAUGCCCUCUACUCCCAGAAGCACGUGGACCAUAUCGAGUUCGUCGCGUUCCAAGGAGCGUACGACUUUGCGUACGUCCUGUCUAUUCUCAACUAUGGAAAAUUACCGGAGACUCGAGGGGAAUUUGCAUCAGAGGUUGUGAGAGUCUUUGGCGAAGUUUACGACUUGAAGGUGAUGGCUGGAUACUGUGACGGGCUCGGUGAACACCUCGGUUUAUCUAAACUAGCUCAGCUUCUCAAUAUCCCACGCGUGGGAAGAGCGCACCAUGCAGGUUCAGACAGUUUAAUGACCGCUCUUGUGUUUAUCAAGCUCAGACAUGUGUUUGAAGACUCUAAGUUUGCUAAAGGGAUGCUCUAUGGAAUUGGGAAAAGAAUGAUGGUUACUGCCACCACCACCACAGCCGCCAUGCCUUCUUCGGUCUCUAUGCCUAUGAUGUGCCAGCAGAAUCUAGUUUCAUAUCCUUCUUCGGAUAUGAUCUUCCAUAAUGGUUACAUGCCAAGCUAUGAUCAUAAUAAUCAGGUUCUCUUCUGGAACCAUUUAGCUGUUCCGUGGAUGUCUUAUGAUAAUGGUAUGUAUGUCAAUCAGCUUAAUCAUGUACCGUCUAGCACAUUCGCAUACCCGUAUCAGGCACCGUAUGCUGCUGAUUACCUUGGUCAGCUUCCGGAUUACUACAAUAAUUAUUGCUAGUUUGAGAUUUUUUUCCAGCUUUUAGGACUUUUUAGAUGGAACUGGGAUUUUUUUUUGUUUUAUUUUUCUAGCAUUUGCAACUUGCCUUGGUUUUCUUUAAUAUUGAUGGGUUGUUUACUUGGCUUACUCUA